AUGGCCGAGGCGCGGGAGGUCCUGCUGCAGCUGCAGAAGGACAACCGCGACGGGCGCCUGCGGAAGCGCGAGCUGGAGGAGCUGCUGCGCGGGCUGGAGGCCGAGGGCGAGGGCCUCACGGCGCGCCUGCAGGACCUGCGCGAGCGCGAGCGCGGCCUGCAGCGGAGGCAGAACCAGGCGGCGCGGGCUCUGUGCGGGGAGGCGCGCGAGGCGGAGCGGGGGCGCGCGCAGCGGGCGCUGGGGCUGCUGCAGGCGGCCGAGCAGCACAAGCGGGAUCUGGAGCUGCGCAACCGGCAGCUGCAGGAGCAGUGGGAGGAGCUGUCCAGCCAGCUCUUCUACUACGGAGGGGCGCAGCUGAGUCAGCAGCUCGCGGAGCAGCGGCUCGGGGCGCAGCGGGCCGCGCUGCAGCAGCUGGAGCUCAUGGAGACCAAGCACGCGAUGCAGGCGGAGGCCCUGCGGCAGGGCGCGCAGCGGACGCAGGAAGCCUGGUUCAGCUUCCAGGAGCAGAGCGGCGUCCUGCAGGAGCUGCAGGGGAAGGUGAUGGAGGCGGCGGCCGCGCUGGACGCCGCGCGCAGCGCCCCGGAACCGUGGGAGCCGCGGCCUCGCCAGGUGCAGGACGGCGCGGGCUCGCUCAUGGAGGAGGUGGCCAAGGCCGACUGCGACAAGGGUCUCUUCGCCGGCUCCCGCUGCAGCGGCCUCAGAAAGUCCAUCUUGCCCCCACCGAUUUCGAUGCCCCUUCAAAAUCGACGUUUUCUGUGUGCACUUGGUCUGUCCGCUCACCACUGGAAUCGCGCCCCUGAACCCGGCAGAUCUGCACGUGGUGUGUUUUUGUGUCCGGCACAGCUCACCCCUCUUAGCGUUUUCCGUGACAUUCUUUGUUUAUUCCUCCAUUUGGAUUUGAUCAUCAAUUUGUCCAGCUUCAAAGAACUUGCUCAGUAUUUCUGUUGUGAUCUAAUAAAUUUAAGGAGAUCCGCUUUUAUAACUUAGUCUUCCCAUCUGAGAAACGUGUGCAUUUGCUUGUGCAAGGGGCCUUUUUGACUUUUUGGGGGUGUGUUCCCAUUUCCCUUGUAUGUUAGGCACUGCCGGAGGCCUGCCUAGAGCUAUUCACCAUUCUUUUGUCACUGUCUGUGGGGUCUUCUCCAUUUUGUCUGUUCUGCUUUUUAUUUAGGAAGGCUAUUGGUAUCCGUGGGUUCAUUUUUUAUCCUGCCUUCCCACUGAUUCUUUGCCUGAAUCCUAUUACCAUGGUUUUACCUGCCCCUGGCAACUGUUACGCACUAAGUGAUUUCUGAUCCGAGGCCACCUGCUCUGGCUCCCCUCGGUUUAGUGGGGCUCCCCAGAAGGCAGGGCCUGUGUUUCACCACAAGGACCGUCCGUCAGCUCCUGUGUCAGUCAGUGGACUUGGUAAACCCGAGUGUUGACCCAAAUUCCUUUUUGAUCCCUGGAGACAGAUUGUUUUCCUUAGCUGUGUUGAUAACAUGGAUUAUAUUGGGAUUAUAUUGAUGGACUUCUUAGUAUGGAAUCACCCUUGCAUUCUUGGAGUAACCACUUGGUUUAUAAUGUGCUGUUUGAGUCUGAUCACUAGUAUUUUAAUAUUUUUUGCUUUGAUGUUUAUUGUAAGGUUGGUCUUUAAUUUUUUCUCAGCUGUACUCUGUCAGGUGUUCACAGAAUUUUUUCAUUUCACUGUCCUUUCAUGAGACUGGUUUCCUCCUUGCUUUUAUUUUACCUGCCUCUUAACCAACCUUAGACCUUUGUUUUUUUUUUUAAUCUCAGUGACAUUAUUUCUAUGUGUUCUCUGCAGUUCCCCCUUCCCCCCGGACUUUGGGGCUUUACUGCCGACCCCCUGGGGGCUGGGAGACACGAGUGGUCGCAGAUUUGAGAGUCGCGGAGGAGAGUCCUUGAAAACGAGCACGAGGGGGAGGCCGGGCAGGGAGGGCCGGA